AUGUUGGGAACAAUUUCUAGGAUUCAUUUUGCAAAGUCAUAUCAGGGUGAAUUGGGUGAGAGAAGUUCUUAUGUAUUUCUUGAUGGACAAUUGUUGUUAAUCAAGGUUGAGAAGACGUUGGAAGCUGUUAAUUCGUCUAGCCAGAGUUCCAUAUUGAAGGAUAAUUACAAGAAUUUUAGAAACUUAUUGAAGGAUUUGCUUGGACCCGAUAAGUUUUGGGAUGAACGUGAUAAGUUAAUCCAUUGUUUUGAUGAUCUGAACCACUAA